AUGAACGAAAUGAAAGAAAACUCGAAGAUACUUCUGAAAGAGAAGUAUGAGAUGCUAAAAUGGACGGACACUGUAGAGAUCAAGUCGCCAAAUCUGCUGAUUCCUACGCAAAUUGCCAGCUAUGUGGAAUCGCUGCCAUUUUGCAAAAUUACAUCCGAAUGCGUCGCUCAUUUUCGUCAAUUAGAUGUCUAUGCCAUCGAUGGUCAGAAAAUUGUUCAAGAGUCAAGCGUUCAAGUUUUGGAGGAUGAAUUCCCUCAAUAUUGCCUUCUCGAGUUCAGUGCAUCUGGAACACUACUGUUGUCUACUCGAAGCAGUGCACAAAUCGACGUUUUCGACCACCAAGGCGGUUACUGUUAUGACAUACCUCUGGAAGCGCCGCAGAACAAUCUGGAUCUAGUCUGUGCUAUCUCUGCCAUAAGAACUGUUCCAAAUAACUCAUCAGAUGAGAAAUAUGCGGAUAUUUUGUAUGCCCUACAGUAUCAUGGCACGAUGUCCGUCUUCAAAAUUGGGCGAUUAACGAGAUAUCAGGAGUUGUGGUCCAUAUCGUUAGAUAUCGGUCUUGCCGGUACAUUUUGCGUCCUUCCCAACUACAAUCUACUACUGGUUUCCGCUCAUUAUCGAGCUUCUGCUGAUGAAGUUUUACCGGGAGGGUUGAGCUCAUUCCGUUUGAUCGACACUGAUCCAUUCGUUGAACCUAUCAGAGUUGCAGACGAGCAAGGAGGCUGGCUCUCCCGCCUUCCUUUCAGUUCAGCAUCGUAUGCAUAUCUGGUUUCCAUGUCUAUGAAUGAGUCACACUCAAAGCUUGCUGCGGUAUCCAGCAUUGGCGACUUCUUCUUGUUUGAUCUGCCUUCUACUCGCUUAGCCUUCCAAGUGAAAUACAUCUCAGGACCACGACCUGUUCAAACAGUCUUUAUUGAAGAUGAGGACGUCGGUGUGCUGUUCCAUUCUGGCGAGAUGAUCCGGAGCACUCUAGAUGAUCUGAAAGAUGCUAUCUAUGCAGUUCAGUAUACUGACAUCUUCACAGCUCGAACAACUUUGGUGGCGCCGCGUUACCGCGAGCUCUUCAUUCUUGCUGGAAGUGAGACCUUACGUGAAGUUGCACUUCGACGUACAUCACUAGCAUGUCGCUUAUGGAUCUUCACUCUUUGGAGCUCAUUCAAAAAUCUCAUGGGUAUAGCUGCUGGAGACGCCCCGGCACCUUUGGAGAAGGCCACACAUUCUGAGUCGCUAAACUUUGCACUGCUUCACGCACCAACAAGAACCCUGCAGGAACUGUUUGAGCGAACGUUGAAUGAACGUGACUACAGCCGCGCUAAGAGUUUAGCAGAAAGCUACGAUACCAUUGAUGUGGAUAUUGUACUCAAGCGCGAGUGGCGAGAUUUCUGUAAUAGUCAGGCUGUUACUGUGGAAAGUGUAGACAAUAUCCUGCGACAAAUACACGACAAAGAUUGGGUGAUAGAAGCUUGUAGCUCUAGUGAUGCACCGUCAAUACAAGUUCAGCAAGCUCUAGUCGACUUAGGU